UGAGUUUAGGGUUUACGAUGUUGGGGCUUAGAUCAUGGAGCUGGGUGCCAUGGUGCGGCUCGCGCACCCGGCGAAUCGGCUGCCAAACACGUCUUCCGCGCAGCCGCCGCUGCGAUUCAAGCUCUUCCAGGCCGGAUCUGCUGUGAGUUUGAGGCAGAGGCAGCAAAUUUUGCCGUCGAAAGGCCGAUGGACGAUCUUGGCAGCAGGAGCUGUGGAUUCGACAAUGCAGCCCAUUGUUGCUCCAUCUAGAGAUGUGCUCGAAUUGUGGAGAACUGCCGAGGCCGUGUGCUUCGAUGUGGAUAGCACAGUCUGCGUUGACGAGGGGAUAGAUGAAUUGGCCAGCUACUGCGGGGCCGGAGAAGCUGUUGCGUCCUGGACUGCCAAAGCUAUGGGCGGAACUGUGACUUUUCAACAAGCACUAGCUGCAAGGCUAGGAUUGUUUCGACCGUCUCUGUCCGUCGUGAACCAGUACCUGACCAGCCAUCCGCCAAAACUGACGCCAGGAAUACGGGAGCUCGUGGAAAAGGUCCACUCGAGAGGCACGCAAGUAUACCUGGUAUCUGGAGGUUUCAGGCAGAUGAUCGAGCCUGCAGCAGUGCUUCUGGGCAUUCCUAAAGAAAACAUUUUUGCGAACCGGUUGGUGUUUGAUGACGCCGGAGGAUUUGAUGGCUUUGACGAGGACGAGCCGACGUCACGGAGUGGUGGUAAAGCUACUGCCAUUGCUCUGAUAAAAAAGCAGCAUGGCUACAAGAGAAUGGUCAUGAUCGGAGAUGGAGCUACGGAUCUUGAGGCGCGAAUGCCCGGUGGUGCGGAUAUUUUCAUCUGCUUCGCAGGCGUCCAAAUGCGUCCCAACGUUGCAGCUGGAGCUGACUGGUGUGUUACGGAUUUUAAUACUCUCGCACAAGGUUUGGAUUAACUGCCAAAGACGAAAAAUUAUUCUUUUAUAGCUCGAUGCUUUCGAGAAAUGGAAUAAGUUUGAGCCAUUUUGCUU